AUGGGCGACGAGGAAGAGGAUCUGUAUGCGGUGGCGAUGGGCACCGAGUAUUUCCCCGAGAGCAACCAGCCGUCCACUUCAUCUGCCCCUCCGACGAUCCCUUCGGAUCUGACGGAAGUGCCUCCGGAAUACGUUCAGUUGUUCCGAAGCCUUCUCGUCGGAUCAAGAAGCCAGAUAAAUCGACUGAAGGCGGAGAAUGAACAACUACAGAAAAAGUGAGCUCGACUUGAGUUUUAGAGUUGUUCCGUUCUCAUUCAGUCUCAAAAACGCAAUCGAAUCGGGCGGUGUGGUCGUUUGUCCCAAUUGCACGCAUCACUUCAACGAUCGGAAAUGCUCGUUACGGCCGAGAACGAUGAAGGUUUGCAACGAUCGGAAGGCGGGCAAAUGGCACUGAAAUUACAGAAAAUGAGGGCGAGGAACUGUGUGGAAUUGGAGUUUCACACCGAACAAGAUCUUGAAGAAUGGCUGUAUUUGAACCAAUUGGAAACGAACAACGACGGACUGCCGACUGUUAUUAAAACGAAAAAAGAAACGGAAAAAUCGUUGAAAGGAGCGGGAAGCCUCCUGCCGAGUCUGGUGGAGAAAAAGAAGAAAAACGAGCAGGAGGACAAGCGAACUCCGAUCAAAUUGGUUAUAAAGAGAGACAAUUUCGAGAAGGCCAUGAAAAUUUUGAAUAAAAAUGAAGAGGCAAAAGAUCCGAAUGAAAAAGAAAACAAACAGAAACGGAAGAAGGAGGAAAAGGAUACGGAAAGAUUGGAAGUAUUGAAAAGGAAAAUAGAACGAACGAAAGAUGACCGGCCGACGAGGAAGACUUCGAGAAAAGAGGUGGAAAAAGAGGGAGAACGGAGGAAACCGAUUGCAGAGAGAUUGGGAUUCCCAGCACCGGAAAGGACUAAUUCGCCGCCCAGAGAAGUCUCUCAGCCUGAAAAUAGAUCGAAAAGAUCUCAAAUUGUAUGGGACGAUCGUCCGGCCGCCAUCCCCGAACCGUCGAAGACUGUGUCCGCGCCGAAGCAGUUUGCAUUCAAAAUCCCGUCGACAAGACUCGCUGCGAGGGUGACGCUUCCGAACGCUUCCGCAAAUGCUCCAGACCUCCCAAAAGCCAUGAUAGAGAAGCCAAAACCUGAAGUGUCACGUCCAUCUGAAAAAUCGAUAAAUUCUGAAGUAAAGAAGACAAUUGAACAGCCGAAACCAUCGGGCGAAAAGACCAAGUUCAAGUUUGUUCCGACUGCCAAAAAGAGCCAUCUCUCAGAAGAAGCUGGCAUUGAAAACCCGCCGACCGAGAAGCCAACCCCGGUGAUGUCUUCCUCUUCGCAGCCUAUUCCCAAUCAAAAACCGGCAGAAACGGUGUGGUGUCUGAUACCUGUAAAGAUAUCGGCUGCAGUCGUCGAUCACAUAUACGCACAUGCGAUUCGCCGUCAAAAGGAAGGACGCUUUUGUCCGAAACGUAUGAUUGUCGUUGACUGUACUCGUCCUUUUAUUCCCCAAACACAAACCAAUACGAAUCAAGGAUCGAGCACUUCUGCGAGUCAUUGUCUUCUCGCUUCUGAAUGGGUCGGUUCGAAUUUAGAGAUAAUGUGUUCAAAAAAAAUAAACGGUUGAGUUCUUAUAUCUGAAUGGUAUUUUCCUAAAUUCCCGUUUUACAGAGACUAUAGUGUUGGUGGAUGACGUGGAUUCCAAAUUACUGCAGAAUGACGGUAACUUCAAAGGUAACAAUAGAAAAUCACGAUAUUUGCGUUUCAUAAAUACUUUCAGCUGCUGCCGUCCAACAAUCCGCGGUUCACUUCGAAACGAUCGUCCAAUCGUCCGAGUUUCCGCAUCAGAAUGAUCCGUCGAAACCGUCUUGCUCCUACAGUUUGGAAGACAACGGAAAUGACGUGCUCGCCGAAUUUUUCCCGAACAUCGCUCCUCAACAAUACAACUAUUCUGCCAGGCAUACGAAUCCAACACCAUUCAGACCUGAAACGGCGAGCAGUCUCGGCUCUUCAGCGGAUCAAGAAGAAAGGGAACUGAUUCAGUUGAUCGAAGAGGAAUCCAUUAUACAUCCGGAUGGAGACCUGAUCGUACAACAGAGGAUUUCUGAGACGGAAGUAGUGGAGAAUGGACUGGAGGAACAGAUGGAAGAGCAGGCUCGUGUGCAGAGGGUAUCCUCACGGACAGAACAGAGCUGCGAUGAUGACGGUUUCUGUUUGGAAGAUGUUCAAAAUUACGAAGACGAGACGAUAACAGAACGGAAAAGCAUGGAUUACUCGAUGGAAAAGGCCGGUUCGGAAUGCAGCGACUGGGAGAAAGAGCUGGAGAAUCUGGAGAUUGAGGGUGAGAACGGAGAUGAAGGCCAGUCGCAGUACACCGAAGAGUGGUACGACAAAGAGGUCGAAGAUUCGAGGGAAAAGAGAGAUUCGGACGGCGAUCAAAAUGACGACGAGUACGGAACAAAGACAGAACUUCCGAAAAGUCAGAAAAGAGAAGAAUCGUAUGUGUUGAAAAUGAGCGAUAAUUUCCGUUUGUCAGACGACGAUGAAGCGAUAUCUCCGAUGACUUCUACGCCGAAGGACAGAGGCGAGUGAAAUAAACUCUUGUUCGCUUGUUCUGAGUAUGCGUUUUCAGAUCAAGACGACAACCUGAACUUCACGAUAAGAGACGCUGAAAUCAGUUUCGUCGACGAACUCGAUUGGAAUUAUGGAUCAGAAGAAGAAGUGGAAUUAGGUGAACGCAAGUAUUUAAACUCAAUUUAUUGCUAUUGCCCCUCGGUGCUUGCAGGCCCCAGCCAAAAUUUCCUGAAAUUAGGCUUGAGUCUGCAAACACGAGAGGGCAAGAGCGGUAAAUAUGUGUUGUGCAUUGAGAAGAGGGUUGUAUGAAUUAUGCUUGCAUUCAACGCCUUCCUUUUCCGAUGAUGGCAUCAAAAGGGAUGUUUCAUCCUCCGUUCGCGCAUCGGCUGCAGACGCAAGUCGGCCGGCCGCUCCUUUUCUGACAGUACCCAGUUCCGCAAUUCUGUAAUCUCAAGUAAAUGAUGAAAAGUGAGAAAUGCUGACCUGCAUGCUGCAGCUAGUGAUGCAAAGUCCACGGGCGGCCUUGUUCAGAACGGGAACGUCCAUUCGAGCACAAGUGGUCAAGUCGAUCGCGGCAGUGACGAAUGUCACAAUACAGAAAAAGAAGAGAGAAUGGAAGAGCAUGAGGAUCGGAAGGUUGCCGUUCCCUUCCACAGGUGCCCUUUUAUAGCAUCGCUGAAUUGUUAUUGUAGACGGGUAAAUGGUUUUUGAUAAGCAUGCGAAAUGGGAUGGUACUCGCGUUGUUUGUUGACUCAUUCAACAGGUGUUAGCAGAAAUUGAGAUGAAAAGGUCACAUUCGGCAAACAAACAUCGAGAAUUCAAUUAUACUAUAACGGUGACUAGUGUGGGAGUGGAAGCAUGGGCUGCAACAAGUCCAGUGGCACUUCCCCGUUGCUGCCCGGAGAACAGUUGCUGCAGAAGCACGCCGGAUGAGAUUCCAUCUUCUUGCAAAUUCCCGUGGUGCACUUCUUGAAAAUGACGAUCCGUUUUCGGUUAGUCUUGAUUGUUACCUGAGCAGUGCAUCGGGUUGUGCACAGUCCGUGAGCGAUCUUCUGAAGAACGGGAACGUUCAUUCGGGCGCACACAUUCGAUUUCUCAGCGGUUAGGGUAGAGACCAAGAUAGCGAGUAGUAGAAUCCGAUGGAAAAGAAGCAUUGCGGUUCUGGUUCUGCAAUAAUCUUCUCGCGGACCGGAAGGCGCUUCUCUUUUAUGCGUUUGCAAUAACUGCUUUUUCUUUGCUUUUUCCUUCGGUAAUCGUGCUUGUAAACACGUUCAGUUCGCUCGCGAAUUUUGGGUUCAAUUUGAGCGCUCGUUUGCGGGUCAGACUGAGUGGGAAGAAUGUGUCAUCGACGGGUUUAGUACAUACGUUUCGUUUUUGCAGAAAAAGAAGAUACAACGAAAAUCGCCGUUGUGACCGAAAAGGUCGAAGAGAAAAUUGACGAGGAUAAUCGGGAGGAUGGAGAGCUCUCGGACGGCGAACUGUUGGAAGCGGAGGAGGUCGCGAAGGAAAAGCCGUUGCGAGAGAGAGUUCAGUAUCGGGUGAGCCAAAUGGAAAAGAAGACUGAACUGAAUUCUACUUCAGAUUGGAAAUCGGAAACAUAUCGAAUAUGCCCAGAAUCGUCGAGCGAAUUCAGAUGAGCAGAGGGGAGAGAAUUCACGGCGCCGUCGUCGCAGUUCCGAAGAGAAUCUGGAACCGACGCGGAAAAAAGAACGUUCUUGUCAGAGAAAAAAUCUUCUGAAACAUUGA